AUGGCGGGCGGCGGCGGCGGUGGGCCGCAGUACAGGGGGGUGAGGCGGCGGAAGUGGGGCAAGUGGGUGUCGGAGAUCCGGCAGCCCGGGACGAAGGUGCGCAUCUGGCUGGGGAGCUUCGACUCGGCGGAGAUGGCGGCGGUGGCGCACGACGUGGCGGCGCUGCGGCUGCGCGGGCGGGACGCGCAGCUCAACUUCCCGGGCUCCGUCGGGUGGCUGCCCCAGCCGGCGACCGCCGACCCCGUCGACAUCCGCGCCGCCGCGGCGGAGGCGGCCGAGCGCGUGCGACGCGAGCCGGCGCUGGUCGCCGCCUCCGCCUCCGCGGCGCCGGGGCGGCUGGAGCUUGGGAGCGGCGGCGGCGACGGCGAGUUCGACGAGCUGGAGUCGCCGAGGCUGUGGGCCGAGAUGGCGGAGGCCAUGCUGCUGGACCCACCAAAGUGGGGCCCAGACGGCGGUGACGCGGCCGACGGCUCCCAGAGCUGGGCCCACGGCUCCCUCUGGGACGGAUGCUGA